AAUUUUAUUAAAAUGUUCAAGAAUUUGAAAACUUUAAAACACAAACUCAUUGUAAUUUUUGCAUUGAUUUGCGCAUUUACCUCAACACCUCACUAUUUUACGGAGGGAUGUUCGAGUCGUGCAGUACCAAAACCGCGUCCAUCGACUUCAUCUUCAACCAUAAUAUCAACCACAUCAACAACAACUGCUGCACCAACAACUACAACGCUAAGACCAACAACGGCACGUCCGAAUAUAUCGUUUCCGACUUAUAAAUGUCCGGCCACGUACGAUGCCUGGUAUUGCCUAAAUGAUGCCACUUGCUUUUCUGUAAAAAUAGGUCAAUCCAUUAUGUACAAUUGUGAGUGUGCAAUUGGUUUCAUGGGACCACGUUGUGAAUAUAAGGAACUUGAUGGCUCUUACUUGCCGAAACGUCCACGACCUUUACUCGAAAAAGCCAGCAUUGCAAGUGGUGCUACAUGUGCAUUGUUGUUUAUGCUCUUCAUAUGUUUGACGUUAUAUUUGCGAUACGAUCAAAAGACCAAGGUUUUCGAAUAUGAAUACGAGGAUGAUACUUGCCAAUUAUGUAAAGAGAGUCGUUGUUGUGAUGCUGCUAAUGCCGAUCUAGAUACGAAUAUGUAUUAUUCCAGUUUAUUGCCAGAUACUGAAAAGUAUCAUAAUUCGAAUUUAAGGCAAUAUAUUGCAACAUUACCAAUAUCAUUUGCUAUAAAGCGUUCUACGAAACUUUAAUUCUAAGUAUAUUGUUAAACACAGCAGUGAAUUUAAAAGAAUCUUUUUGUUAUAACGCUGAAAAAUACUUUAAAUAUCUUUUAUAAUUGGUUAAAAAACUGGGUAGCUUUUAGUCUGUGUUAAUGAAAUCUAAAUAAAAAAUGUAGAAGGUUUACACUUAUCGACGCUUUGUGCUCUAUAAUAUAAAAAAGUACUUUAAAC